AUAAUUAUGUUUGGUCGAAAAGGCUCAUAUUAUGUUAAUUCAAAACAGACAAAAGUUAGUGUCAAAAAAGUUCGAUUUCAGGAGCCCAAGAUGUCAUUUGAUGAUGAUCUCAGGAAGGACAAAAAUACUGACAUCAAUGGAAAUCAAGCAGAAACAACAGUUGAAGAUUGUAUUGGAAUUUUAAAUAAUGUUUCAUCACGAAGAAUACGAAGUCAAUCCAAAAGAGCAUCAUCACCAUCAUAAAGGACUUUUUCAUCAUGGCAGCCCUAAGGCUGGGCGAGAUGAUAGCCCAAAGCAUGAAAGAAAAGGACUUUUUCAUCAUGGCAGCCCUAAGGCUUGUCGAGAUGACAGCCCAAAGCAUGAACGAAAAGGACUUUUUCAUCAUGGCAGCCCUAAGGCUGGGCGAGAUGAUAGCCCAAAGCCUGAGCGAAAAGGAUUUUUUCAUCAUGGCAGCCCAAACUUAGGACAACAGAAAAGUCCAAAGCAAGAAAGAAAAAGUAGCCAUGACCACUUGGAUCAUGAGAAUACCAUGCCUUCACCAAAAGGGCAGAGGAAAAAGAAGGAGAAACGUUUCGGAGUGGAAGCUGGAAUAGCAAGCUUGGCGGUGUCUUCCAAUAUUGUGGCAGGCAUAGUCGGUGUCGAAGAUGUGAUCAAGAGAGGAAUGGGAGCAUACAUGAGUAAUAAAAGAAAAAAAGAUGAGGACCCUUAUGAUGCGAUGAUGCGAUAUGUUGCCGAAAAUAUCAUUGGUCGUGAUUUAGUUUAUAAAGGACCGUUUGGACCACGAAAAGUUAUUUAUUGCGAUUAUACAGCUUCAGGAAAAUCCCUACAGUUUAUAGAGGACUACAUCCGCGAUGAAGUACUUCCUUACUAUGGAAACACGCACACCACAACAUCGAUCUCCUCCCUACAGACUACACAGCUAAGAAACGAAGCCAAACAAAUUAUACGUCAUUGUACAAAUGCUACAGAGGAUGAUGCAGUUAUAUUUGUCAGCAGUGGAACCACCGGAGCUAUUGGCAAGCUGAUACACUCUCUAAAGCUGGAGAAAUCACCUGUUGUGUUUAUCAGCCCAUAUGAGCAUCAUUCAAACUUAUUGCCAUGGUUGGAAAUUGGUGCAGAGAUUAUAUACGGUGAAGAGUCUGUAGAUGGAGCAAUUAAUCUCGCAAAAUUAAAAGAAACAUUAGAGGAAUAUUCCAAAAAAGGCCGUCCUAUGGUUGGAUCAUUUUCAGCAGCGUCAAAUAUAACUGGUAUUUUAACAGACGUAGAUAACGUAGCUACUUUGCUUCACACGUAUGGCGCAUAUGCAUUUUUUGAUUACGCGACAGCAGGUCCAUACGUUGAAAUCGAUAUGAAUCCACACCUAAAAGAUCCAACCAAAGAUAAACUUUCCUACAAAGAUGCAAUGUUUUGCUCAAUACACAAAUUUGUUGGAGGUCCAGGGACCCCUGGUCUCUUGGUGGCUAAGAAACAUGUGUUUAUCAACCCUGUUCCAAGCGGAGUGGGAGGUGGCACCGUUUUAUUUGUUACUCAUAAAAAACACCAUUACGUCAGUGACGUUGAAGAACGAGAAGAAGGUGGAACACCAGCCAUUGUAGAAUCAAUUCGUGCCGGGCUAGUCUUUCAAAUCAAAGAGGAGGUGACACCAUCUAGCAUUUUGCAGCACGAACACAAGUGGUUACACGCUGCGUACAAAAGUUGGAGCAAUAUACCAAAUUUGUGUAUACUGGGAAAAAGUCCAGCGGAGAGACUUCCAAUUUUUUCAUUGGUUAUCACACAUCCAGAGUGUGGAAAGUUCAUCCAUCACAAUUUUGUUUCUGCUUUGUUGAACGAUUUGUUUGGUGUGCAAGCUCGUGGUGGGUGUGCAUGCGCGGGACCAUACGCUGAGGACCUUCUCGGCAUUGAUGGUGAUAAGGCACUAAGGAUAGCCGAGGCAUUGCUAGGUGAUUACGAAGCGUGGGACAGAAUACCAAAAGAAGAAAUUCAACAAGUUGAUGGGAAAAAGUUUAACAUACUAAAGCCUGGUUUUUGUCGCCUAAACUUGCCAUAUUUCGCUGACUCAGCAACAAUUAACUUCAUCAUCGAUGCUGUUGCAUUUGUUGCUAAGCACGGAUGGAAACUGUUACCCAUGUAUAACAUGAUUCCGGAAUCAGGAGACUUCGUGCACAAGGAUCCCCUGGUAACCGAAAAACGCUCGCAAUUGGCAGAUGUAAAGAACUUGGCAAAAAAUGGCAACGCAACAAAAACUCAAAAACAAGUCGAAAAGCACCUCAACUUCAAAGAGACUCUUCGCUUUGCUGAGGAAAUUGUCACCAGAUACACCAAUAAUAUCAAGGACGGAGGGCCUAUGCCCAGUUCAGAGUUUCUUCCACCUGAAUUAUCCAGACAUUUGUCUUGGUUUCUACUGCCUAGUGAAGCACACGGUUUAAUUCAAAACAAUCCUCCAGUGUCGUGUUCCAAUUACGUACCUAUGUUCAUUCCAAGGAGAGAUCCUACUGAAGACAUGAAAAUUAGAAGAACCAGAACAAAAUCUGGACUUGGGAGUGUCGUCUUUUGCAACUGUGCCGUGCAAAAAGGCCGACACGUUAAAAACACGUCAUGCGUCACAGAGAGAACUACCAGACGAUCCAUGAGAAAUGUGCGGUCAAAUCAAAAUGGCAGCGCCGGUGGCAAACAUACUAGUAGUAAUGGCAGUUUACGCAACGGAUCAGCCGGCAGCAGCCAAAGCUGGACCCCUGUAAUCCAAUUAAACGCCUAAGAAGAUUUACGCUACAAAUCUGGCAAAGAUUGUACGAAAGAGUUGGAAUAAACUAUCUCACUUCAUCAAGGACGAUGUACGCCAGCCAAAGUGCAGAAAGAAGAGAAAAUAUCCAUUAUUCCAGUCUUAGAUGAAAAAAAAAACACUUUUAAUGCUUUUAUGUAUCAUAUUUUACGACAAACUUUUUAUUAAAAUUUACAAAUACUUCCUAA